GGAGUACAACCGAUUGGCCUUUUUGGAUUUCGCUGGAAGGCGAAUAGAGUGAGAGAGGGAGUUCGUCUCGCGGUUCAGAUUCAGAGGACGUUCCUCAAUUUCCUAGGGUUUCGGAGUGGAGAAAGAGAGAGGUGCAGGUUCGAGGCUUCUUGGAGGCAUCGGAUCUAAAGAGGGGAAUCAGAGCUCUGGUUUUAGCUCUGCUUGGAAAGAGAUACGGAGCUUGGAACCAUUAUUAUCUAACAAUAAUCGGUUUCUCUGGAAGCUCGAGUUUUGGGAAGCGAACAUUUUUCCGUUGUUUUCCUCCCUUCCCUCAUCCUUUGGGAGUAAUUUGCUGGCGAUAGGCCUUAAUAAACAAAACUGGCGCAGUUGGGCACAGAGGAUUUAUAAUUUUUGAUUUAGGGAUCUGGCAGGGAAAUAACAAUGGAGCGGUCUAUGUUGGAAAUUAUUAUGGAUGCUCGGAGUGGUGGAGGUGAAUCGAUCUUUGCAUCAAUGAAAUUUGCUGUUCUACCAAUUGCAAAGGUCUUUACCAUGUGUUUUAUGGGAUUUCUCAUGGCCUCCAAGUAUGUCAAUAUUCUUCCUGCAAAUGGCCGGAAGCUUCUAAAUGGGCUAGUUUUUUCUCUUCUUCUUCCUUGCUUGAUAUUCUCUCAACUUGGACGAGCAAUCACUUUGCAAAAAUUGGUAGAGUGGUGGUUUAUCCCCGUUAAUAUAAUUUUGGCAACGAUAUCAGGGUCACUAGUAGGUCUAGUUGUUGCAUCAAUUGUUCGACCCCCAUACCCAUACUUCAAGUUCACCAUCAUACAUAUUGGUAUUGGGAACAUUGGAAAUAUACCUCUUGUUCUGAUUGCAGCUCUAUGUCGAGACAUAUCCAAUCCUUUUGGUGACUCUAGCAAAUGCAGCCAAGAUGGAAAUGCGUACAUCUCCUUUGGUCAGUGGGUUGGUGCAAUCAUUCUGUACACAUAUGUGUUUCAGAUGCUUGCACCACCACCAGGUGAAACCUUUGAUGGCACUGAAGAGGAGACGCUUCCAACUAAGAACCCUGUUAACAAUGCUGCACCCGAACAAGCACCUUUACUAACUUCUGAAGACCCUGGAACAACAGGGCUGGAUUCUUCAAAAUGGGGAAAACUAAUCAGCCAGUUAUGGUAUCUUGUAGAAAAAUUGAAGUUAAAGCAAAUUUUUCAGCCCCCAAUUAUUGCUUCUAUACUGGCAAUCAGUAUUGGUACAGUACCGUUUUUAAAGCACUUCAUUCUCAUGGAUGAUGCUCCACUCUUCUUCUUCACUGACAGCUGUCUCAUUCUUGGGGAAGCGAUGAUUCCUUGUAUUUUGCUUGCUUUGGGUGGUAAUCUUGUUGAUGGUCCAGGUGCAGGGAGUAGAAAGCUUGGAUUUCGAACAAUGGCUGCCAUCAUAUUUGGGCGGUUGGUCUUGGUUCCUCUAUCAGGGCUUGGCAUUGUCACUAUGGCUGACAAGCUUGGAUUCAUCCCUAAGGGUGACAAGAUGUUCAAAUUUGUUCUUCUACUUCAGCAUUCGAUGCCUACUUCUGUGCUAUCUGGUGCGGUGGCUAAUUUACGAGGUUGCGGGAAGGAAGCAGCUGCUGUUCUAUUUUGGGUUCAUAUUUUUGCUGUUCUCUCUAUGGCCGGAUGGAUUGUUCUUUAUCUAGGCAUACUUUUCUGAAGGCCUAGUCCAUCAUUGUCAUGGCGCAGCUCGAAUCCUUUCCUUUUCUCCAAUCAUUCCAUUCCAUCAUCGCCGUUGGGAAAGUGGAUGUGAUUAGAGACACAAUCACUCCAUUUUUCACUUGCAGAGUGGAUGUAUUUUUUGGGUAGAAAGGUUCCUAAUUUUCUGCCUGUCUCCUGCAUUCAUUUAUUUAUUUGGACAGAUAAGUCUACAUCAUACGAUUGAUUAAACACAAUCUGGCAGAGGCUGGUGAUCGUUUAAUAGGCGAUAUCAUUUUGUUACAACAAUUGCAAUGCUAUAAAUAUGCAUUAUAUCAGGUUAGUGAUGGCGCAUAAUAUCAGGUUCGGUACCGUGAAGAAGGCGCGUUGUCCCUUGAAGGACCCAGUUCAGAUGGAGGCCAUGCUGAUAUUGCCGGUAGAGGAACUGAUAAAGUUCAAGGCAGCAAAAGGAGAAGAGGGCACAGGUUUGAGUUAAGAACAGAUGUGCAAUGGAAGCGUUUCUGUCAACGUGUGGUUUCAAUCAUCUAAUAAAGAACCAACUAAUUGGGACUUUUUUUUUUGUGUUGGGAAAUUAUGUUAUUUAACUUUUAUUACGUUUUAAUGAAGCCGCCUUUUGGUCCUCGUACGCCACUGAAACAGUUCCGGUCCAUGUGUAGUCUUGUUGGCCUGAACAUUUAUUUGAUAUCAAUAUCCCCGACAAAUCUUUCCUCGCCGUCAGCCCACCAGUUUGGACGCCGGCCUUUCCUGGUCACUGAACAAUUUCUAAGACGCCGGCGCUCUAGAGAAACGCUAAAAAUUAAAAAUUUUGAUUCCCUUCUGUUUCAUUAUGUAUGAACUUUUUAGUUAUUAGAUACUUCUUGUGCAAUCAUAAAACAUUUAAAAUUAAGUAUAAUUUAAGUUGUAUUAAUUAAUGGAAUCUCGAAUUGAUGCUCCU